CUCCUAUCUCAAACACUCAGCCGCCACAAUUCGACUGUCUUGCCCUUUGGCCCCAUUUGACCAACACUUACUUCAAGUGGACAUUUUAGUAAAUUGCCAACACCUUUCAAGGUCUCUAAGGGAGCUCCGCUUGCGUCUCUGUCUCUGCCGAAAAGGGCACUUUUGCCUUCCCAAUCCACCAAAGAACCACAGAAUCAGAACUCCUAAUCAAAACCAAACUCUUCUUUUUUUUUUUUUUCCUCUCUGUAUACAAACACAUAGAUGGUCUCUAUUAACUCUUAAAGAAUAAAACUUUUUCUCUCCUUUUGUAUAUUUUAUUGCAUUACUCUAUAUAUAUGUCUCUUUAAUUUAACUGCAAAGCUCACCUUCUAAUUGACAGACUGAUCCAUGGCUGCUGUGUAUAAGCUUUCAUCUCUUUCUUCAUCUACUUCUUCUUUAUCUGGACAAAGUUACAAUCAUUUCUCAUUAAACCCAAGACCCAUUUGUUCUUUGCAAUGCAAAAGCUCACCUUUUACAGAGAAACAUUCAAUUGAGAGAUACCAAAGAGACCACUGGCUUUAUAAGAAUCAGCUAGAAUCUUCUUCUUGUUCUUGCUCUCUUCCAUUUGAUAAAGAAUCUAUUAGGGAAAACGACAUCGCUUUGCAGCUACCGGAGCUUAAGAAGCUGCUUCAAGUGCUUAAAGAGAAGAGAGGAACUUUUGGUAAAGAUGGAGAGAAAUGCGGACCAGGAAAUGUGUACUUGGUGGGGACAGGGCCUGGUGACCCAGAGCUUUUAACAUUGAAGGCAGUGAAAGUGAUACAAAAAGCAGAUCUUUUGUUGUAUGAUAGAUUGGUCUCCAAUGAUGUUCUUGAUUUGGUUGGUCCUGAUGCUAGGUUGCUCUAUGUGGGAAAGACUGCUGGCUACCAUAGCAGAACUCAGGAGGAGAUACAUGAGUUGCUUUUGAGUUUUGCUGAAGCAGGGGCUACUGUUGUGAGACUUAAAGGAGGGGAUCCACUGGUAUUUGGAAGGGGAGGAGAGGAGAUGGAUUUUCUACAACUGCAGGGAAUCCAAGUGAAAGUUAUUCCCGGUAUCACUGCUGCUUCAGGAAUUACAGCAGAGUUAGGAAUUCCAUUAACUCAUCGAGGUGUUGCAAAUAGUGUUAGGUUUCUAACAGGACAUUCAAGGAAAGGAGGAACAGACCCACUCUUUGUAGCAGAAAAUGCAGCUGAUCCUGAUUCAACCUUGGUAGUUUAUAUGGGCUUGGCAACCCUCCCUUUUCUUGCAUCAAAGUUGAUGCAUCAUGGUCUCCCAGCCAAUACGCCAGCUGCUGCAGUGGAGCGAGGGACCACACCCCAGCAGCGCGUGGUUUUUGCAGAACUAAAGGAUCUUGCAGAUGAAAUUGCUUCAGCUGAGUUAAUAUCACCCACACUGAUCAUAAUUGGGAAGGUAGUUGCACUUUCUCCAUUCUGGCCACAUUCUUCAAAAGAAGCAUCAUAUUUGGUGGAGGUUGUACAGAAAACUUAGUUGCACAUGUACAGCAACAUUAUGCUGCUUGGGUCAUUUGUUGCGAUUCAGGGAUUAGCUGCUAGUUUCUGCAGGAAGUAACAACUUAUUAUGGAUGCAACAUUAGAUAGCAUGCAAGAUUAUCAUCGCAUGCUUGAUCGGACCAGUUGAGCUAUGAAGUUCAGAGGAUCUCUCAUUCAAGAAGAGAGAAAGGUUUUCGGCCUCUGCGUGUGCAUUUAUCUGGAAAACGCUAGCAAUUUGUUCUAACUUUCUUGAGAUUAAAUUUUUCUGAAAGGAUAGCAUCAGCAUUAUACGAUUAUCAAAUUUUUGUAACAUGUUAUGCAUUUUCAAAUUCAACCCAGCAUUGAUGUUGUAAUUCUUUUGGUAACUUGAAGGUGUUAAGAUUAUAUUCCUUGAAUAGAUAAUAUUUUCCAGAUUUCCUA